AUGCUUCAUUCUCGACUUCUCGCCGGUGCCAUGGCACUUUUCCUUGGUGCUCAAGGAGCUUUCGCUCUCAACCACGGCGAAGUCACUGAGUUUGAUGGCAAAAACGUUCGCUGGCAGGAACUUGCCAAGGGCAUCUUCACGGGUGUCCCUGAGGAGAAGUGGGACGAGAAACUCCACAAGAGAUCCAAUGUUGAGUGGGAUCUUGAUGAGAUCGUCGCGAAUAGUACUAUUUCCACUCGUUCUGAUGUCAUUCAGCUCGAUUCACGCGACCUUCAAGGCACGUGCAGGGCUACCGGGAGAUGCGUCGUCUACGGAAGCCAAUAUGUCUUACUUUUGGCUUACAACACCUGGAUUAGCGCCGCUGAAUAUGCCGCCGGUGGUACUGUAACCAAGGAUCUCAUGGACUUCCUCAACCAGCCUUUCGUCGCCAAUGCUGCUGGCGUUGCCGUAGCUGGUGUGAUCUCUGGCCAGAUCAACGAGGCCACCAAGAAGGAGUGUAGCACCAAGCCUCCUGAGACGUCCCAGGCCGACAUUGUCCGUUCGGCUGUUGAGGCUGUUAUUGACAAGAAUACUGAGGCUCAAGAUGUGUCGAUCGACAUCACUGGACCUAGCGGCACGUUCAACAUCAAGAUCAAGGCUGGUCCCCCUAAUACGAGCCCUAGCCCGGAUUGCAAGCAGGCUUAG